GAAGACUGUUGCGAUCCUACCCAUCUCUUUGCUAUGACUAAGAUGAAUUCCCCCAUGGGGAAAAGCCUGUGGUAUGACGGGGAGCUUUUAUACUCACUCACCAUCGACAAUUCCACACACUCCCUCUUCCCCCAGGAAACCCCCUUCCAGCUGCCACUGAAGAAAUGUGCGGUGGUGGGAAACGGUGGGAUUCUGAAGAUGAGUGGCUGUGGCCGUCAGAUAGAUGAAGCAAAUUUUGUCAUGCGAUGCAAUCUCCCUCCUCUAUCAAGUGAGUACACCAGGGAUGUGGGCUCCAAAACUCAGUUGGUGACAGCGAAUCCCAGCAUAAUUCGCCAGAGGUUUCAAAACCUCCUGUGGUCCAGAAAGCUGUUUGUGGACAACAUGAAGAUCUAUAACCACAGCUAUAUCUACAUGCCUGCUUUCUCCAUGAAGACGGGGACAGAGCCGUCUCUCCGUGUAUAUUACACACUGAAAGACGUGGGUGCCGAUCAAACAGUGCUUUUUGCUAACCCCAACUUUCUGCGGAGCAUUGGAAAGUUCUGGAAGAGCAGGGGGAUCCAUGCCAAGCGCCUGUCAACAGGACUCUUUCUGGUGAGCGCGGCCUUGGGCCUUUGUGAGGAGGUGGCCAUCUAUGGCUUCUGGCCCUUCUCUGUGAAUAUGCACGAGGAGCCCAUUAGCCACCACUACUACGACAAUGUCUUGCCCUACUCAGGGUUCCAUGCCAUGCCUGAGGAAUUUCUCCAACUCUGGUACCUUCAUAAAACUGGUGCACUGAGGAUGCAGCUCGAUCCAUGUGAGGAGCCGUCACCCCAGCCCACUUCCUAG